UGUGUAGUGAGGUUAUGUUUAAUUAAUAAUUAUUAUCAUAGUUCAGCCAACAGGGGUCAAACCUAAGUUAGUUUCCCUAGUCUCGAGUUUGCGGAUUUUUUUUUAAUUUUCUCUUUUUUCAUAGGUUAAAGUUUUUAUAAUUGCAUAGCAUGUCUCUUCGCCAAGUUUUUCUUAUCGCAAGGCGAUAUGCGGGACACAGUAAAUGGGCAAACAUUAAGCACACAAAAGCUGAAAAAGACACUCAAAGAUCUCUAAUGUUCAUUAAACUAGCCCAUAGAAUAAGACUUGCUAUUCAUGAAAAUGGCAACAAUGCCAAUCCCACUCUGAACCAGCAAUUAGCAAGUGCAAUUGAUUAUGCAAAAUCCAAGGACAUGCCAGCAUCUACCAUUCAAAACAUUCUUAAAACAGCUGCGGAUAAGGAUGCAGUUCAACCAUUUAAAUACAGUAUAAGAGGACCAAGGGGAAGUGUUCUCCUAGUUACAGCUUUGACCAACUCAUAUGGAAAAACCAAAGGAGAUAUUCAAAUGCAACUAAAAAGAGUGGGGGGUUUGUUAUCAGAUCAAUCUUUAGAAAGUCAAUUUGAUAAGAAAGGUAUUGUAAUUGCAAUGCCUCCACCUAAAAUGGAGAAUAUCGAAGAAUCGAGUGUAGAACAUGCAAUUGAAGCUGGUGCUGAAGAAGUCUCGCCUAUAGACGAAAACAAUAAAUUAACUUUCACCUGCGAAGCGAUAGAACUGCACAGAGUCAUGACCAAGCUACAAGAACUCAACUAUAACGUAGAAGAUUCAAAAAUCACCUUUGUGCCCAAAAUGAAAGUGAAUUUGAACAAAGAUGAAAUGGAACUGAUGAGUAACAUUGUAGCGAGACUAGAAAAAAUUUCAGAAGUUAAUGAAAUCCACGAUAAUAUUGAGUGAAAAUUGUAACUUGUAGUAAUUUUAUCAAAGUAAUGUACUGUACAUCAAGGCAAAGACAGAUUAAUUGGAAUCAUACAAUGACAUUAACCAUACAGGACCUUGUCUAACCUAUCUAACCUUGUCUAAAUCUUUCUGAAAUAUUUAUCAUCUAUGAAUAAUUCAGUUGGUAGCCUGCACGGAAAUAUGUUUCUAAAAGUUCAACUGCCUUCCAAAUCCCUUACCAUCAGUCUUUCUCUUUUCUCUGCUCAUCCAUUAACUCAAGUCAAUACAGAUCAACAAUUGAAUAAUUCAUCUAUGAUGAGUAUUUUUUUGAAAAGUAAUAGAGUUCAGCUAUCUUAGAUGAGAAGAUGGGAGUCCAGGGGCUUUUUCUCUUCAACCUAACUCUCUGAAUAAUCCUUUACUAGGGUGAAAUCUCAGUGUUUUGUAAUCCCUAAAUGUGUAUAGAUUGGUCCCUAAACUCUACCUCUUUCAAAUAAUCCUAAUCUAUCUGAUUUUUAGUUGUGAACUGUAAUACUCGUUAGUGUCAGAUUUUGGGAACUUGUGUCCGAGGCCAAAUAAGCCCUAGCAGGCCCUGCCUCUUAUUUGGAGCUUCCUUUCAACCCUAGUGAAACUGUGAACAUCCCUCGCGAUCACGGGGACAUAAUUAUCGUCAUCAGUCGUGGAAAAUUCUUAAUUUUAGAAUAUAACUCUUUUUUUUUCAUAAAUUUAUUCAUAAAAUAAUGAUGCCCUCUUUUACUAAUGUGGUAAAUACGACACUGAUACUGGCUGUUAUUCCUCAAAAGUGUAUGAAGUAAAAUAGUUUCAUUUCUCAGCUGACAAAUAAUGAAAUUAAAUGCAGCUGACCGCAAGCCAUAUGUUCACCUCUUGAUAAAAAAUAGUCUGGUCGCCUUGGUUGUAUCUUGCUUCUCAAGGGGUAAAAAUCAGGACAACAUAAAGAAAGCAAUCUCUCUCUGCUUUCCAACUUGAAAGCAAAUGUUAACUAUCAAGAAGUCGUCCAUUGACAAGAAGUCGUCCAUUGACGUACGUGGAAACUGCAAAUAGACUUCCCUUUUUUGUAAAAUCUAAAAUGUGGUUUAUUUGUUUCAUCUCCGGUCAUAUUUUAAUGCACUCAUGUUGACGAAAGGUUUUUCACUCGUUUUAGGGUAAAUACACCAGUGUUUUAGGCCUUCUCUUUGAUAUAAUGAGGACAAGCAAUAUUUCAUAAGUAGAAUGUUUUUUUUUUUUUUUUUUUUAAAACCUUGCAGCUAUUACAUAAGCUACAAGAAAUAAUAGUAAUAAACGUGAUAACAUUGUAUUAAACUGGACAGAAAAAUCCUUAAAAUUUUCCUGAGCUUACUAAAAAAAUAUAAAUAACUAAAAUGGGAAUGUUACUUACUGGAGACGGCUUCUAUCAUACAUGUGUCAUUCAAAUUACUUAACUUAAAAUGUCAACUGAUGUUUCUUAAAUUACUUGCAGGAAAUAAACUGAUUCCUUCCACCUUGUUUGUUUAUAUACAUUAAUGAGUUUUGUCAUUAUAUGCUAGAGAUAAAAAUUCUCUUUUGGUAAUUUGAUAAUAAAGCUGAAAAUGUGCUCUGAAAUAUUUUUACUCUUUGGUGGCAACUGAGUGUGAUUAUUAAAAUAGUAACUUACAUCCUUGUUAAGACCGACUAUCUGGAACCAGGGCCGAUGUGACUUCAUGAAAAUCUGUGUCAAAUGGAGAAAGAGUAGAAAAAAAAUUCAAAAUAUACUUACAAUAUUUUUUUUACUACAGAGAAAAACACAAACGAGCAUGCAGAUAAAUGCUUUAUUCCUAUUUUCUACCAGUAACUUUGCAUAGUGAAUGACAAACAAAAAUUCUCAGCUUUAUUAUCUUUAUAGGAUUAGGUACUAUGUAGGGUACUUGUGUGUGAUAAAAAAAACCUUUGUGUAAUAAUUACGCACUGGCUAGAAAAUUGGAGAACAAAACAGGAAAUCAUUGUAAUAUAACUUUUACCAUGUAAAUUCAUUGGCAAAAUUAAGUUGUCGUUUCAAUUUGUUAAUAAACAUAUUUUGUUAUAAA